AAAACAUGGCGGUCCACGGCCCAGUCGUGAAAAUCCACCCGGUGGUUUUGGCUUCAAUUGCCGACUCUUAUGAACGAAGAAACGAGGGAGCAAGUCGUGUCAUCGGAACACUGUUAGGAACAAUAGAUAAACACUCGGUGGAGGUCACCAACUGCUUCUCUGUCCCACACAAUGAGUCUGAAGAUGAGGUGGCCGUGGAUAUGGAAUUUGCCAAAAACAUGUAUGAACUCCACAAAAAGGUUUCACCCAGUGAGGUUAUUAUUGGUUGGUAUGCCACAGGAUAUGACAUCACAGAGCACUCUGUUCUGAUCCAUGAGUACUACAGCCGUGAGGCUCAGAAUCCUAUCCACCUCACCGUGGAUACAGCUCUACAGAGCAACAAGAUGAACAUCCGUGCUUAUGUCAGUGCUCAGAUGGGGGUUCCCGGAAAAACGGUUGGUGUCAUGUUCACCCCUCUGACAGUGAAGUAUGUUUACUACGACACAGAACGGAUCGGAGUGGAUCUCCUGCAGAGGACACGAGCUUCUCCCAGUCGUACCAACGGCCUGACCACCGACCUUGCCCAGGUGGCGUCUGCUGCAGGGCGCAUUCAGGAAAUGCUGACCACUGUACUGGCAUACAUAGAGGAUGUGUUGUCCGGUAAGGUGAUGGCAGAUAACAGUGUUGGGCGCUAUCUGAUGGACCUGGUUAACAAGGUGCCCAAGAUCUCAGCAGAGGACUUCGAGAGCAUGCUCAACUCCAACAUUAAUGAUCUUUUGAUGGUCACAUACUUGGCUAACCUGACUCAGGCUCAAAUUGCUCUCAAUGAAAAACUGGUGGUUCUGUGAUGACAAUAAUAAUAAAAUUUAUCAUUCCAUAA